CGAUAUACCCAGCAAGAUUCGACAUGAGGAAGUAACAGGACCAGGCCCAAAGCAACAAUAUACCAUUCUUUACACGCGGCAUCAUCGCCGCUAUCCACUCCUUCCGACCGGCUGACUGGAUCAAUCGACUGCUUCGCUUCUCCAUAUACCCUUGUUAAAUCACAUACUUUACACCAGCCAUCAUGCUGGCAUCACAAUCGAUUCGCUCGGCCCUUGGGCUGCUGGUUUCCGCGACACUCUUCCAACAUACCGCGGCACAAGUGACAACCGACUGCCAACCCCUCAACAGGACCGACUGCCCGCCGGAUCCGGCCUUUGGCAUGGAGUACAACUUCAACUUCAACCAGACGCCCAUCGACGGGACCUGGGAGACCACGAAGGGCAAUGUUCCAUACGAUAGGAACGACGGCGCCACCUUCACCAUCAACCAGCAGGGCGAGUCGCCCACAAUCCGAUCCAAGUUUUACAUUUUCUUUGGCCGUGUCGAGAUAUGGAUGAGAGCCGCACCCGGAACGGGCAUUAUCAGCUCCAUCAUGUUGCUGAGCGACGACCUUGACGAGAUCGACUGGGAGUUCAUGGGCGGAAACGCGACUCACGCCGAGACCAACUACUUUGGAAAGGGCGUGGAUACGAACUACGGCACCGCCACCUACCACCCUGUUGCUGGAGGUAUCUUGGAUGACUAUCACAACUACACCGCUGUCUGGACCAAGGAUGCCCUGGACUUCUUCAUCGACAGCCAACAUAUCCGGACUCUACUGCCAAAGCAGGCUAAUAACACCUACUACUACCCACAAACGCCCAUGAGGAUCUCCGUGGGUAUCUGGGCUGGCGGCGAUCCAAGUCUGCCCCAGGGAACGCGAGAUUGGGCCGGCGGAGACACCGACUUCAGCAAGGGACCGUUUUCGAUGCAUGUUAAGAGCAUCCAGGUUACCGACUUCACCAACCAGGCCAAGGAGUACUCGUAUGGGGACAAGUCUGGCUCGUGGGAGAGCAUCAGGGUCGUGAGCGGCAACUCAACCGUGCACGAGAAGAUCACCGCCCCACCACCCGAGAGCAUUGGCGACAAGUGGGCCAAGCUCUCGCCCACGGCUAAGAUCGCAGUCUACGCCUCGGCCGCGGGCGUCGGCACGGCGCUGCUGGCGUGGAUGGUCUUCUACUGCAUCCGCCAGCGCCGGCGCGGCGCCCGCGAGGCGCGGAUAGCCGAGGCUAAGGCCGAGGAGGAGCAGCGCGAGAUCGCCGCGCUCAAGGCCGCCGGCAUCAACCCGGACAGCUUCGUCGUCGAGCAGACCGAGUACGACGCCAAGGAGAUGCGUCGCGACGGCAUCUCCAACGCCGACAGCUACAGCGUCCCAACCCCCACCGCCACCACACCUACCGGCAUGUCCGCAGCCGCCGCCGCCGCCGCCGCCGCGGGUUCCGGCCCUCGCAGCCCCAUGCCGCUCCUCUCGCGCGACGGCGCCCAGAGCCCGCGCGUCGCCAGCCCAGGCCCCUACGGCGGCAACCCGGCGUACGACCGCAGCAUGGCGGGGGGCGGCGCCGGGUCGCCAGCGUACCCGCUCGCCAGGCUGGACAGGUCCGCCACGGCGUCGCCGCAAGCGCUGGUCAGCCCCAUGCACAGCCCGGGGCACCAGCAGCAGCGUUUCGCACCGCCGCAGGGUCCCAACCGCAGCUUCUCGAGCCCCAAUGCACACAUGCGGGUCGGGUCGCCCGGGCCUGGCGGACAACAGCGCACGCAGAGCCCUGCGCAGCAGCAGCAUCCGCAGCGGAGCUAUACCGCUGGGGGCGGCGGGGGAUACGCUCCGCGGCCGGGCGGGGGUGGCGGCGGGUAUGAGGAUGGGCGGGGGGGUUACGGUGGCGGGGGCGGGCAGGGGGGGAAUGAUGGGUACUGGGGCACUGGUGGCUAUCGGUGAGGGAGGAGAACACCGGGUCUAAGCCUCUUGUUUAAUGGGGCUUUGAUGUUCUCCCCCUCCCUCGUUGCCGGCUUGGGAGGUAAUCGUUCCACGGGGCGGUUUUCUCUCAAGUGGUAAUUUCCCUUGGUGCGGGCGUGUCUCUCAGUGUGUGAAUGGAAGCGCCAUAUAACGAAGUUCCUUUUUUUC